AUGAACACAUCCAGCUGGAAGCUGCUCCAUAACACAGCAAGCCAAAUCAGGAAACUACAACAUUUUAUUUGGUGCAAAACGGUGACCCAAAUUAGAUGUCAACCUGUUAUCAGAGAUAACUCUGAUCAAGGUAUCAUUAAAGUAGGGAAGACUGAAAUGAUUAAUGACUUCUCAUGGAAAAUUAUUAGAGUGUGGCUGAAAAAGCUCUUACUUAAUGACUCAGGAGAAUAUAAUCUUGAGAGCUGUUUCCAGGGGAGAAACAAACUACUGAAUAGGAGCAUGCUUGAAGUUUUGGGGGAAAAUUGUAAUCAGGAAGCAGACUUACAGACCACUGCAUUUCCCACUAAGAAGGGGGAUGUCACCAACUCCACAGAUGACAGCAGUAAGGAUCAGAGGACUCUCUAUGCUCUUGUGGUGCUGUGUUCCUUCCUGCCCACAGCUGCCCUGAUUGCUACUGUUAUACUCCUCAUCACCACUUACAUGAGAAGGAAAAGGGCAGGAAAAGGGAUGGACUUUGGCAGACAUCCUUCUUCCAGCCGAGCAGCACUGCAGGACAGAAGAAACAAAGCAAGUAGGAUGCCAGAUGGGGAAGUGAAUGAUAGUACAACAUAUGCUGUCAUAAGGCACCAACCUCCACUGAAGCCUGAAGAUGUUAUCUAUGCCAAUUUGCAGCCUUCACCUCAAGUUUUCUUCCACACUCAAUCUGAUACAGCUCCAGUCAGCAACGGGCUGAGAUACGGGAACAUGUUGCUUCCUUUCAGACUUUCAACUCCAACAGCUCACUUAAAUACUCAUAUAUAA